GUCGAGAGGAGAUGAGUGGAGCUUGGACACUGCUGCAGCACCAUCUUGUGGAUCAUGCAAAACACGUUAGGUAACCAUUUAGCAGGAUGGCAGACACUCCUUGCAAACUGGGCCAUUUCCUGGGAAAGAAAGCCUCACAGGCUGCUGAGGAGCGCGGCAAGUGGGAGACCAAAAAAGAGUUCAUCUUGAGUGUGGCUGGUGCUAUUAUUGGACUUGGUAAUGUGUGGAGAUUUCCAUAUCUUUGCUACAAAAAUGGUGGGGGCGCAUUCUUCGUCCCUUACUUCCUCUUCCUCAUCACCUGCGGCGUUCCUCUGUUUGUCCUGGAAACAUCACUGGGUCAGUACACCAGUCAGGGAGGAAUCAUGUGCUGGAGAAAGAUCUGCCCCUUGUUUGAAGGUAUGGGAUAUGCCAGCCAGAUUAUCAUUUUCUAUGGAAACAUCAGCUAUGUUGUGAUCUUAGCGUGGGCAUUCCUCUACCUCUUCUCCUCAUUCUCCGGAAAUCUGCCGUGGGCCAGCUGCAAUAACACAUGGAAUACAGAUCGUUGUGUGGAAAUAAACAACUAUAAUACCACUGCUAACUGGACCUCAUCCGUGAAUGCGUCAUCGUCAUCUGUUAUAGAGUUUUGGCAGCGACGUGUGUUAAACAUUUCCACGGGCAUAGAGGCAAUCGGAAACAUUCGCUGGGACCUUUCAUUGUGCCUUUUUCUGUCCUGGGUCAUCUGCUACUUCUGCGUAUGGAAGGGAGUGAGAUCCACAGGGAAGGCUACAUACUUCACUGCCACAUUCCCUUUUGUUUUAUUGGUGGUGCUGUUCUUCAGAGGAAUUACACUUCCUGGAGCUUUCCACGGUAUCAAAUACUACCUAUACCCUGAUCCUUCACGACUCGCCGACUCACAGGUCUGGAUGGAUGCUGGAACACAAAUAUUUUAUUCCUAUGCCAUUUGCUUGGGGUACAUGACCACAUUUGGAAGCUACAACAAAUACAACAACAACUGUUACAGAGACUCCUUCUAUCUUUGCUUGCUGAACAGUGGGACCAGCAUAGUGUCUGGAUUUGCAAUUUUCUCCGUUCUGGGCUACAUGUCAACAAAGCAGGGAGUUGACGUUUCUGCAGUUGCUGAAUCAGGUCCUGGACUCGUCUUCAUUGUCUAUCCUCAAGCAGUAACUCUUCUGCCGUGGCCUCAGGUCUGGUCUGUGUGCUUCUUCUUCAUGAUCAUCUUAUUGGGAAUUGAUGGACAGUUUGCAGGGCUUGAAAGCAACAUGACGUCUUUAACGGAUCUUUACCCUUCCUACCUCCGAAAGGGAUACCGCAGGGAGCUUCUUCUGUUGCUGAUCUGUACUGUUAGCUCUUUGUUUGGCUUGUUUUUGGUCACAGAGGCUGGUGCAUACAUUCUGCAGAUCUUUGAUCAUUACGUUUGCAGCGGCCCAACUCUCCUUCUAAUGGCAAUCUUCCAGUCAGUGAUCAUCGGAUGGAUUUAUGGUGCUGAACGCUUCAGUGGCAACAUCGAAGACAUGAUUGGUUACAAACCUCUGCCGCUGUUCAAGUACUGCUGGCUCUACAUCACCCCUCUUGUUUGCAGUGCAACCCUUGUAUUUUUGCUCCUGAGAUACACGCCAAUGAAGUUCAACAACACCUACGUGUAUCCCUGGUGGACUUACUGGAUUGGCUGGUUUCUGGCCAUGUCAUCGCUGUCCAUGAUCCCAGUUACCAUGGUCUUCAAACUGGCCAAAGAAAAAGGCUCUCUCUGGCAGCGACUUAAGAAAACCUCCAAGCCUGCAGAUGACCUUCCAGGAAUGGCAAGCAUCGACGCAUUGAUGCAUGCUCAGAACAAGGAACAAAAUGACUCUGUGCUAUGAAACCUAACUGUUUUAUAUUUUCCUUAAGUACAGCACAUUAGCUCAUACAAUAGAAACAGCUUCUGUAUUCUUAGUAUAUGAUUUGCUGCUCUUGUCAUAUUUUCUUCACGUUUCUGAGACAUUUUCUUCUUAUAUGAGAGGGUGUGUAGAAAUCUCCCAACAACAACGUACUCGUUCCCAGAAAACCAGACCUGGAAUAAGAGUGUGAUAAAUACAUAGAGACCCCAAUACGCAACGCCCACAACCUAACUAUAUCUGCUUGCUGUCUUGCUCAGGAAUUUUGGAUAAAUGAGGCUUAAUUACAUUAACAUGUACAUCAGGAGGAGAGAAGGAACUGCAAAAAUUCAUCAAAAAUAUGGCAGUAUAGCACCUUCCUGCAGAGCAGUGAGGGUGUGUUCACCAUGUGUUUGUAUUGCAGAAUACAACUUUUGUAAAACAAUAGAAAAAUA